ACAGGGAAUAAUACAUUCACUGAUUUGAUGCAGCCCAAACAGAACAGAAAACGGGAUUAUAGAUUCGGUGGUGGAUAAAACAAUCAUAAAAGAGUCAUGCCCAAGCGGUGGCGCUUCAUUUUGAGUGACGUAAUCCCACUCCUGGAACAGACGAAGCGGAAGAGAAAAUCAAGUGCGUUGAUUGUGUAACUGCGGACGUCGAUUCCAGGAACACCAAGAGCAGCGCCCGUUCAUUUCAACCCUGUUUACAUUGGACUCUCAAGUGAAAAACAGCACAUAACUGGCCGAAUAUCGGGGGCCAUGGAGUUGCAUAGCAAAGAGGAACUCAAAGGACCCGUGUUGCAUAUCGUGGUAGUCGGAUUUCACCACAAGAAAGGCUGUCAGGUGGAAUACUCCUACCCUCCCCUCAUCCCUGAUGAGGGCCAUGACAGCAACAACCUGCCAGAGGAGUGGAAGUACCUGCCUUUCCUUGCCCUGCCUGACGGGGCACACAACUACCAAGAAGACACCGUUUUCUUCCACCUCCCCCCUCUUACUGGAGUAGAUAUGAAGUGUGUGUACGGAGUCUCCUGCUAUCGCCAAAUAGAAGCUAAGUCCCUGAAGGUCCGACUAGCUGACGUCACCAGGGAGACGGUCCAGAAGAGUGUGUGUGUCCUCAGUCGAGUGCCUCUGUACGGUCUUCUCCAAGCUAAACUACAGCUCAUCACACACGCCUACUUUGAGGAGAAGGACUUCUCACAGAUAUCUAUAUUGAAGGAGUUGUAUGAACACAUGAACAGCUCUCUAAGAGGGAUGGCUCUAGAGGGAUCCCAAGUGUUCCUGGGUAUGUCACCAAGAGAUUUAAUACUGCACUUUCAACACAAGGUUCUGAUCCUCUUCAAACUGAUUCUGCUGGAAAAGAAGGUUCUGUUCUACGUGUCUCCAGUCAACAGGCUAGUAGGAGCUCUGAUGACAGUACUGUCGCUGUUCCCAGGUAUGAUAGAGCACGGCCUGGCUGACUCCUCCUACUACCGGCCCAAGAGCAGCGUCUCCGAGGAUAUCAGUCUGGUAGACUGUGUGUCGAGGGCCGAGGAGUUCGUCUCCGUCACUGACAUCACCAACGCUACCAUGGAGCUAGUGGGGGAUGAGGGCCGAGGAGAGGACCAGAUCACCUCCACCACCAUGAAGGCCUCACAGAGGACAUCGCCUUCCCCAGAGACCUCCACCCCAGCUAGGGAGAACACCCACCUGAAGCCCCCCUCCCGGACCUCCCCGGACUCCUCGGAGAGCGACUGGGAGACACUGGACCCCAGUGUGCUAGAGGAAGGGACUAUAGACUCCGAGACCGGGGGUUUAGGUUUGGGGGGUUCAGGGGGCCUGGAGCACCCAGAGACGUUUGACCCGGUGACAGGUACCCCCAUCACGGUGCAACCUCGGGGCCUGUCAGCAGGGCCAGGGGGCCAGGGAGUCGUCACUCAGGGCUUGGUGUCUGGACUGGAAGAGGACCAGUAUGGCCUGCCACUCGCCAUCUUCACCAAGGGUUACCUGUGCCUGCCCUACAUGGCCUUGCAGCAGCACCACCUGCUGUCAGACAUCACGGUGCGCGGCUUUGUCGCCGGGGCAACCAACAUCCUCUUCCGUCAGCAGAGGCACCUAAGUGACGCGAUCGUUGACGUGGAGGAGGCUAAGAUCCAGAUUGGGGACCCUGAGUUGAGGAGGCUGCUAGGCCUGACCACGGCUGACCUGCGUUUUGCUGACUACCUGGUCAAACACGUGACAGAGAACCGUGAGGACGUGUUUCUGGAUGGGACCGGCUGGGAGGGAGGGGACGAGUGGAUCAGGGCCCAGUUUGGACUCUACAUACACUCCCUACUUUCAUCCACCUUGCAAGAAGAUAAUGAGAAGUUGCUAGCGGACUGGGGCGCUCCCUUCAUCUCUGCCUGGAGGAUCACACACAACUACAGAGUGUGGUUCAUCAACAACCACCCAGCCAUGGCCGAUAUCACCCCAGGCCAUCCGUUCCAAGGACAGUACAGUGCUGCUGAUCUGAAAUUAAGGUUUUCACACUCGGUGCAGAACAGUGAACGGGGAAAGAAGAUGGGGGCAGCUGUGAUCACCACCAGUCGGAGUGUUGUGCAGACUGGAAAGGCAGUAGGUCAGUCGGUGGGUGGAGCUCUGACCAGCGCUAAGUCAGCCAUGUCCUCCUGGUUCUCUAUGUUGGCACAGCCAGCUAUCGUACCCACGCCAGAGCCUCCGUUACCUACAGAGACCAAGCCUUGACCACCUGCCUGCCUACCUGUCCCCCUCACCCAGUCCGUCUCUUCUCACAGCCAGCUAUCGUACCCACGCCAGAGCCUCAGUUACCUACAGAGACCAAGCCUUGACCACCUGCCUGCCUACCUGUCCCCCCCACCCAGUCUGUCUCUUCUCACAGCCAGCUGAGUGUGCGGAGUGCCCCGAAUCUAGCGGGAGAGACUAGGGUUAACCUAACCCCUCUCCCCCAACAGUCCUCCCCUGACUCUCUCAAUUCAUCUUUCCUUGAUUUCUUGCAUUCUUUAUCCUCAACCUCAUUGGAGAAGCAAGUCAGAGGGGAGGGAUCUUGGACCGUGUCCUCCAAUACGGUUGAGAAGGAGGCGUGGAGAUGGGAUGCGACAGCGCACUCCUCCUAUCCCUCCUCUCAGAACCAGGUAGUUACAGGAGAAACUGGGUUGGGCAGAAUAGGUUGUAUUUGUGUGUUUUUAGGGAAGGGUUUUAUUUGAUGAAAAAUGUGUUGUUUCAGGCCAUUGAUGGGAUCACAACACAACAGAUGGAUCCUGUCUGCAUCCCAAAUGGCACCCUAUUCCCUAUACAGUGCACUACUUUUUUUUUUUUUUUUCAAAAGGAAAAAAAAAAAUACUUACAAAAAAAUGACUUUUAUAUAAAGGGAAUAGAUUGGCAUUUGGGAUACGACCCAGGUCUGCAGCACCCUUUCCUUCUGUCGUCCCUCCCAUCCACAGGUUACUGCUCCAGCACGGAAGACAGACGGACACACAGGCAGACAGACGGACAGGGGGCAGAGAAAAAUACACUACUGUCAUUCCCCAAACAGACAUGUCCAUGCUCGGAGCCUCAUGCACUUUAGAUUUGAGUGUUUUCUCUGUGUGGCGGAAGACCUUUGUGUGUUUUAUCCCAGACCAGUGUUUUGCUCUAACUGUAGAUCAACAGGGUGUGUACUGUAUAUACUGACGGUCUUUAAUGACAGUGUGCAUCGCUGGCUGGAUGCUGUUUUUAAAUGUCUGCGUCAGAUGGCAGCACUCCUACGCGACUCCCGUCCCUGCAGUAAGACAACGGUGUUACCGUAAAUCAGCAAGACGUUGGGCCAGCGCAAGAUCAGAUCACUCUCAGAUUGCAGAAGGACAGGAAGAGUCCCAAAUGGUAGCCCUAUCCCAUAAAUAGUGCACUACUUUUGACCAGAUCCCUAUGGGGUUGGUUUGGUGCCAUUUGGAACAUAUUGUGUUUGUCAUUCCUUCAGGAAAAGAAAACUGUUUUGGACACUCGUUGUAUCCCCACCCUAUCAUGUUAUAGUGAACUCUAUACAGAGAUGAAGCCUGGAGGAAUAUGGGAUUUAAACUAAUGUACAAAUAUAUUUUUAUUUUAGAUUGAUGUAGUUCUUUGAGCUAUUCGUGUUCUGUAUUAUUUCAUGUUUUCUGUGGACCCCAGGAUGAGUAGCUGCUGCUAUCGCUACAGCUAUUGGGGAUCCUAAUAAAAUACCAAAAAAUUGUU